CAGUAAUGCUGUGAAUGAUAUAGAAAGUUUUUUAACAUUUUUUUUGACAGAAUGUCAGCAAUACACUUUUUGAUCGUAUUGCCAGUGUUAGCUUUCAUAAUUUUAUGUACGAAUCUCAUCGACGCACAGACAACACAAAAUAUAAAUGUUUUAUUCGUCAAUGAAGUCGGAAAUGAUUUGGCACAAGUCGCAGUUGACGUAGCUUUGAGCUACAUAAGGAAAAAUCCAAGCCUAGGGCUUUCGGUGGAAUUGCUAUCAGUUGAAGGGAAUCGAACAGAUAGUAAAGGACUCUUAGAAUCAUUGUGCUCUAAAUAUGCCGAAGCUCUCACUACUAAUCGGCCACCCCACGUUAUAUUUGACACAACACUGACUGGUGUAUCAUCAGAAACUGUUAAAUCUAUAAGUUCAGCUCUUGGAAUCCCUACUGUUUCGGCAUCGUAUGGACAAGAAGGUGAUUUAAGACAAUGGCGGUCUUUGUCGGCUGUGAAAAGCAAUUAUCUGUUGCAGAUAAUGCCGCCAACAGAUAUAAUACCCGAAGUCAUCAGAUCAAUAAUCAUAUACAUGAAUAUUACUAAUGCUGCUAUUUUAUAUGACGAAUCUUUUGUAAUGGACCAUAAAUAUAAAGCUCUGCUUCAGAAUAUUCCCACUAGACAUGUUAUAACUUCGAUUGGAAAUGAUAAGGACAGAGCAGAGCAAAUUGAAAAACUGAGGAAUCUCGAUAUCAACAACUUUUUCAUUCUUGGAUCAUUUACGUCAAUAAAAAAAGUACUAGUAUUCGUCAAUGAAGUCGGAAAUGAUUUGGCACAAGUCGCAGUUGACGUAGCUUUGAGCUACAUAAGGAAAAAUCCAAGCCUAGGGCUUUCGGUGGAAUUGCUAUCAGUUGAAGGGAAUCGAACAGAUAGUAAAGGACUCUUAGAAUCAUUGUGCUCUAAAUAUGCCGAAGCUCUCACUACUAAUCGGCCACCCCACGUUAUAUUUGACACAACACUGACUGGUGUAUCAUCAGAAACUGUUAAAUCUAUAAGUUCAGCUCUUGGAAUCCCUACUGUUUCGGCAUCGUAUGGACAAGAAGGUGAUUUAAGACAAUGGCGGUCUUUGUCGGCUGUGAAAAGCAAUUAUCUGUUGCAGAUAAUGCCGCCAACAGAUAUAAUACCCGAAGUCAUCAGAUCAAUAAUCAUAUACAUGAAUAUUACUAAUGCUGCUAUUUUAUAUGACGAAUCUUUUGUAAUGGACCAUAAAUAUAAAGCUCUGCUUCAGAAUAUUCCCACUAGACAUGUUAUAACUUCGAUUGGAAAUGAUAAGGACAGAGCAGAGCAAAUUGAAAAACUGAGGAAUCUCGAUAUCAACAACUUUUUCAUUCUUGGAUCAUUUACGUCAAUAAAAAAAGUACUAGAAUCAGCCAAACGCGAGUUUUUUGAACGAAAUUUUGCAUGGCAUGCAAUUACUCAAUAUCAAGGAGAAUUGUCCAGUAGUAUUGAAAAUGCUACUGUCAUGUUAUUACGACCAGUAUCUGACAGCAGAAGUAAAGACCGAUUGGGUGUAAUCAGAACCACGUACAAUAUGAAACAAGAACCUCAAAUAACAACUGUUUUUUAUUUCGACCUUGCCCUUCGAGCGUUUUUAGCUAUUAAAAACAUUCUUCAAGUUGGUGCUUGGCCUCCGAACAUGAAAUAUUUAACAUGCGAUGAAUAUGAUGGAACGAAUACGCCAAAUCAUACGAUUGACCUAAAAACUGCAUUUGUCGAAGUAACAGAGCCCACAACAUAUGGUCCAUUCGAAUUUCCAAAAGGGAAAUUACCUUUCAAUGGUCAUAGCUUCAUGAAAUACGAUAUGGAUAUAAGCGCUGUAACAAUCCGUGGAGGAGCUUCAGUUAGCACGAAAAAUUUAGGAAAAUGGGAAGCGGGUCUGGAUAAUCCGUUACAUGUUGUUAGUGAAGAUGACAUGAAAAACCUGACGGCGGAUACCGUUUAUCGUGUUUAUACUGUUGUUCAAGAACCAUUCAUAAUACGAGAUUCAACUGCACCCAAGGGAUUUAAAGGGUAUUGCAUUGAUCUACUAGAUGAAAUCGCGAAAAUUGUGAAGUUCGAUUACGAAAUUAAAGAAGUCGAAGAUGGAAAAUUUGGUAACAUGAAUGAGAAAGGAGAGUGGAAUGGAAUCGUACGAAAAUUAAUCGACAAGCAAGCUGAUAUUGGUUUAGGAUCUAUGUCUGUGAUGGCGGAACGUGAAACAGUAAUCGAUUUUACUGUGCCAUAUUACGAUUUAGUAGGAAUUUCUAUAAUGAUGCAACUACCAAGCACACCCAGUUCUUUGUUUAAAUUUUUAACUGUGCUGGAAACGAACGUGUGGCUUUGCAUUUUGGCAGCAUACUUUUUCACUAGUUUCUUGAUGUGGAUUUUUGAUCGAUACAGCCCGUACAGUUACCAAAACAACCGCGAAAAAUAUAAAAAUGAUGACGAAAAACGCGAAUUCAACAUCAAAGAAUGUCUUUGGUUUUGUAUGACUUCUCUCACACCACAAGGCGGAGGUGAAGCUCCGAAAAAUCUGUCCGGUCGAUUAGUGGCAGCAACUUGGUGGUUGUUUGGAUUCAUAAUUAUUGCAUCUUACACUGCUAAUUUGGCUGCAUUUUUGACUGUAUCCAGAUUGGAUACACCUGUUGAAUCCUUGGACGAUUUGUCUAAGCAGUACAAAAUAUUAUAUGCGCCGCUCAAUGGUUCCUCUGCAAUGACCUAUUUUCAACGGAUGGCAGAUAUAGAAGCACGGUUUUACGAAAUAUGGAAAGAAAUGUCUCUUAACGAUUCUUUGACUCCUGUUGAACGUUCGAAGUUGGCUGUCUGGGAUUAUCCUGUUAGUGAUAAAUAUACGAAAAUGUGGCAAGCAAUGCAAGAGGCGGGAUUGCCAAAUAGCUUGGAUGAAGCAGUUGAACGAAUAAGAAAUUCCACAUCAGCAUCUGGAUUUGCUUUCUUGGGCGAUGCUACGGAUAUCAGAUACAAGGUGCUUACUAACUGUGAUCUACAAAUGGUUGGGGAAGAAUUUUCAAGAAAACCGUACGCCAUCGCAGUACAACAAGGAUCACCAUUGAAAGAUCAAUUUAACAAUGCAAUUCUGAUGUUGUUAAACAAACGACAGUUGGAAAAACUAAAGGAACAAUGGUGGAAGAAUGACGACAUCCAAGGCAAAUGUGAAAAACCAGAUGAUCAAUCAGACGGUAUAUCCAUUCAGAAUAUCGGUGGAGUUUUUAUUGUUAUAUUUGUUGGGAUCGGAAUGGCAUGCAUAACUUUAAUUUUCGAGUUUUGGUACUACAAGUAUCGUAAAAAUGUAAAAGUAAUAGAUGUAGCGGAAUUAGCGGAAGAAAAAACAUCGCAAAAUUCGGUUAUGAGGCUGCCAAACAUGAAACAACAAUUCGGAACAAUGGGCCAAAUAAAAGAUGAUCCUGGACAAAAAUUGCAAAACCUGCGAACAAGAACUCAGACCAUAGACGUUAAUAGCUUCAAAUCACGGUUUUGAAAGGGUUUAAGGUUAAUUUUAAAUAUCUUGCGAAUUUUGUUAUGUUAUUAAUGAUAGUAAUGUGUUAUUUAAUGGUGGAACACCAUAAAAUAGCAUAACAGUCUCACUUUUGAGAAAGGAUUCAACGUCACCGGGAAGAAUCCAACAUCAGGUAAAUAGUGGUUUAGGUAUGUUUGUGACAAUAUCGAUUUAAAGUGUAGUUGUGAAUAAAGCAAAAAACAAAAAAUCCACCAUGUAGGGUAAUGCGCCUAUUUUGGCUCCAUGAAGAUGGUCGCCGCAUUGUUUCAUUAUUUACUCGGUCUGCAAUCAAUGGAAUGCGUAUAUAUUGUCUAGGUUCCUAAGAACCAAUCAAAUAAAUAUUGAGCGUAACGCAAACUCGAAUCGAGCUCGAUGCUACAAAAACAAGCAUUGUAUGCACUUUUUCAGUGACUACUAUACACACCAAAAAAUAAUGAAAUUUAAACGACAUGUAAAUCAAUACGAAUGUAAACCUACAACGAUUGAAUCAAAAAUUUGAUUGAAAAUUACGUUAAAAUCAAUUGGAGCAUCAAACAGCAUACAAUUUUACACUUUCAUUCGUGUAAUAUUACAUGUCAUUCAUUUUACAGCAGUAUUCGAGUAAAAAUACAUUGAAGUGCAUUGGUUUUCCGUUUAAAGAAACUGUAAUUUUCAAUCCACGUGUAAAAUCAUAAUAAAAUUCGCUGAAGAAAGCACGACAAGUCGUGUGUAAUUGUA